CCCACAGCUAGCUUAGAUCGAUCGAUCAUCAUUGUCUAGCUAGCUAGCUAGCUAAGUUCUGGCUUAUAUAAAUAGCCACUUAUAGUACAGAGCGCCAAUCAGUUAUCAAGACCCUAACCUAGUAGACCCUACUACAAAAGAUGGCAUGUAACGGCACAGGACAAGAUAGACACGUAAAGCUUCUAAAGAGACAAAGAGGACUACUAGUCAACCAGCUCCCUGACACUGUAACACUACUCAACACUCUCAAACUUGGUUCAUAUUUCAAUGCAUAUGAAAAAUCAGAGAUUUCUAAGCAAAAAGUACCGUCCGAUAAAGCCGAGAAAUUUCUGGACAUAAUGGAGUUUAAACCUCGUGAAGUAUACCAAGAGUUUAUGCGUGCUCUGCAUUUGUUGCGGUCUGACCUAGCCGUGAGGUUGGAGGGAGUAGAGAGGGAAGUUAGCGGGGGAUCUGACGCAUCACCACCGGCGUCCAAUGAGGCUUCACCAAAACACCUUGGCAACGGAUAUGGUGGUGAUCACAUGGAGCCUAGACAGGAAGUUGGAAACGGUAUUGUAGAAGAGGCUGGUCUGUUCGGGCUGUCAGCCCCCGGAACUGGGCCUCACCACCACCUCAGUCGCCUUGGAUACUCUGAUCGAGAAUUGCUAGCCAAUAGACUCAAUGGUCGUCCUCCUCAACGACAAAUAUUCCACGAUUUCUGCCAAGCUCUGGGUGUUGAGAACAGACUGAUACAGGCCUCUAGUCGGUCUGGUAACCCCACUGGGUACUUGAUGCAGCAGCUGUGCUCACAACCCAGCGCCACUUUCGAUAAAUUGGAGACAGCACUCGGUCAAAUCGGACAUGCAGAUUUGUAUCACGAUUUGGUUUUCCAAAUGCAAAAUGGUGGUAUGGACGAUGAAAAUAAUUAAUAAUUAUAAUUAUGUUGUAUGUUUGUGCAUGUGUGUUCCUUGUUUCUUUGUCUGUUUUGUCACUCUGCAAUUACUUCAUCAGAACACAUUAAUUUUAAUAAACAUUA